AACACCCUUUUUUUAUAAUUCGCUUUACCCUUUAAUUAACUAAAUAAAUAGGAGUAUAAUUUACUUGCAAGAAACACUGCAACUAUAUAUAUAUAUAUAUAUUAUCACAUAAAAAUCUGCUUUUGGUUUCAAACUCUUUGUGGAUUCGCUUGUUAAGAUUCACACUCGAUCCUCUGUAACUCCCAGAUUUUUGUUAGAUUGAUCCUGAAUUGUGGGUUUCCACCAAAGAUAAUUGUAAUGAGCAAAAAGUCCCUCCUUUGUGUGUGUGUAUGUCUUUAAUGGUAAAGAAAAUGAGUUUGAUCACACCCACACACACUAACUUCAUCCGAAUAUCAUGUUGCAACUGAGUAGGUCCUCUGAUCAAUAAGGGUUAAGGUCGAAGUUUUUGAUGAAUGGGGAUUCAGACCAUGAAUUCUCAUGGUUGUGGUCAACAGUCUCAUUUACAGCCACUAGGCAGGCAAAACUCGUGGUUUAGCCUCACGCUUGAUGAGGUGGAGAGCCUGUUGGGCAACUUGGGUAAACCUCUGGGUAGCAUGAAUCUUGAUGAGUUGCUGACAAGCAUAUGGGCUACAGAGGCAAAUCAAUCUGCUGGGCCGGUGGUCAACAAUGCGUAUUCUACUUCGCUUCAACGUCAGGCUAGUUUCUCACUGACACAAGCGUUUAGCGGGAAGACUGUUGAUGAAGUGUGGAAAGAUAUCCAGCAAGGGCAGAAGAUGAGAAAUCUUGAGGAAAUGAACACCGAUGAGAGAGAGCCAACUCUUGGAGAGACAACUUUGGAAGACUUCUUGGUAAAAGCUGGACUUUUUGUUGUCGAUUCUUCUCAAGGCCUUGCAAUCACACCACAGAAUGUUACUCCACAACUAGGCCUAUCACCGUCUCCUUCAAUUGAAGCACUUUCAGAUACUCCAACAUCGGGCUGGAAAAGGGAUGCUUCAGAGAUCGAUAGGACCGUUGAUAGAAGGUUAAGGAGAAAGAUCAAGAAUAGAGAGUCUGCUGCACGUUCACGAGCCAGAAAACAGGCCUACCACAAUGAACUGGUAAACAAGGUUUCACGUCUGGAAGAGGAAAACAUGAAGCUUAAGAAACAGAAGGAACUGGACCAGAUGUUAUCCGACGUAUCUUCUGAAACAAGAUAUCAGCUUCGAAGAACAAGCUCAUUCUGACACAUCGCUUUUCCCCGUGAAGGUCUGUAGUCUGUGAAUCCUAGGACGGUUCUUAUAAAAAAGCUGAUGGUAUAUAAGCUCGUUGGUUUUAGCCAACAUCAUUACUUAUACGGCUUUCAUGAAAAUGAACUCCCUCUCACAACUGAGUAUCCCGUUGUAAGUGUGUCUGAAAUCAUGCUCGAAAUGGAAGAACCUCUCGGGGAGUUUAGAAAUGGAAGCACGGGUGACAAACAAGGAAGGAUUAAUUAGUUGAAAACUGAGAAUAUUUAUGCCCCUCCAGCUCCCUCAAGGCUAACAGUAGUAGUUUCCUGCACUGUGAGUCAAUGGAAUGUGUGUUUCAGGAAAAAAAAAAAAACAAAAAAAACAAAAAUAAUCAUGUUAAUGUGGUAGUUUUGAAUACUACUACAUGGUCUUAUAGUGUCAUAAUUUGUAAAUAUUAAUUUUAUUGUUAAUUUUCUAAUAAAUUUUUUACAUUACAGUUGA